UGGGACUCUGGGAGUCGUUGGGGGAAUUUUAAAGGAGGUUUGGGUUGAUUUUGUCUGGAAUCACUGUAGUAGAAGGUAGCAGGCAGCCAUGGCGCACGCCGCUGCCCACAUUAAGAAGUCCAGAGUGGAGCUGGUGGAGCAGCAGGGUCCUGACCUGAAGGCUCUGGAGAAAGCCCGUCAGAGGAGGAUACGUUCCCGGGAACGGGCCGAGCGCAAACGCAAGUCGGACAGCAACACCAGCUUCCUGCGAGCGGCGAGGGCGGGGAACAUCGACAAGGUUCUGGAGUACCUGAAGGGUGGAGUGAACAUCAGCACCUGCAAUCAGAAUGGGCUCAACGCUUUGCACCUGGCAGCUAAGGAGGGCCAUGUGGAGCUGGUCCAGGAGCUGCUGGAGAGAGGCUCUGCCGUGGACUCGUCCACCAAGAAAGGGAACACAGCCCUCCACAUUGCCUCUCUGGCCGGACAGGCAGACGUAGUGAAGAUGCUGGUGAAGCAGGGAGCAGAAAUUAACUCUCAGUCUCAGAAUGGCUUCACUCCUCUGUACAUGGCUGCUCAGGAGAACCAUAUAGAUGUGGUACGUUACCUUCUGGAGAACGGAGGUAACCAGAGCACCGCCACAGAGGAUGGAUUCACCCCCCUGGCCAUUGCUCUCCAGCAGGGCCACAACCAGGUGGUGUCCGUCCUGCUGGAGAACGACACCAAGGGCAAGGUGCGGCUGCCUGCCCUGCACAUCGCCGCCCGCAAGGACGACACCAAGUCUGCAGCGCUGCUCCUCCAGAACGACCACAACGCCGACGUCCAGUCCAAGAUGAUGGUCAAUAGGACUACGGAGAAUGGAAAGAGUGGAUUCACGCCACUGCAUAUCGCUGCCCACUAUGGAAACGUGAACGUGUCCACAUUACUACUGAACCGUGGGGCGGCUGUGGACUUCACAGCCAGGAAUGGGAUCACUCCCCUCCACGUGGCCUCCAAGCGUGGUAACACUAACAUGGUACGCCUCCUACUGGACAGGGGGUCUCAGAUCGACGCUAAGACUAGGGACGGCCUCACACCUCUACACUGUGCAGCCAGGAGUGGACAUGACCCAGCAGUGGAGCUACUGCUGGAGAGAGGAGCACCUUUGCUGGCCAGGACCAAGAACGGUCUGUCUCCUCUCCACAUGUCGUCUCAGGGUGACCACGUUGAGUGUGUCAAGCACCUGCUGCAGCACAAGGCGCCUGUUGAUGAUGUCACACUGGACUACCUGACUGCGCUGCAUGUCGCCGCCCACUGCGGUCACUACAGAGUCACCAAGCUGCUGCUGGACAAGAGGGCCAACCCCAACGCUAGAGCACUGAAUGGUUUCACCCCGCUGCACAUCGCCUGUAAGAAGAACCGAGUGAAGGUGAUGGAGCUGCUGGUCAAGUAUGGAGCAUCUAUCCAGGCCAUCACAGAGUCUGGCCUGACUCCCGUUCACGUAGCAGCCUUCAUGGGUCACCUCAACAUCGUCCUGCUGCUGCUACAGAACGGAGCCUCGCCUGACGUUAGCAACAUUCGUGGGGAGACUGCUCUACACAUGGCAUCCAGGGCAGGACAGGUGGAGGUGGUGCGCUGUCUGCUGAGGAACGGAGCCAUGGUGGAUGCUAGAGCCAGGGAGGACCAGACACCCCUCCACAUCGCGUCUCGUCUGGGGAAGACUGAAAUAGUCCAGUUGCUACUGCAGCAUAUGGCCCACCCUGACGCCUCCACUACUAACGGAUACACACCUCUCCACAUCUCAGCCAGGGAGGGACAGGUGGACGUGGCUUCAGUACUGCUGGAGGCGGGCGCCUCACACUCGCUGGCUACUAAGAAAGGAUUCACUCCCCUGCAUGUGGCAUCCAAGUACGGAAGCCUGGAUGUGGUCAAACUUCUCCUGAAAAAAACAGCUCCCCCUGAUUCUGCUGGGAAGAACGGCCUCACACCUCUCCAUGUCGCUGCACAUUAUGAUAACCAGAAGGUGGCGCUCCUGCUUUUGGACAAAGGGGCCUCCCCCCACACCACGGCCAAGAACGGCUACACCCCACUCCACAUUGCGGCGAAGAAGAACCAGAUGGACAUUGCGGUGGUGCUGCUGCAGUACGGGGCAGACACCAACAUCCUGACCAAGCAGGGGGUCACCCCUCUGCACCUGGCCUCACAGGAGGGGCACGCUGACAUGGCCGCCCUGCUCAUCGAGAAGGGGACUGAAGUCAACGUCUCCACCAAGAGUGGCCUCACCUCCCUCCAUCUUGCUGCCCAGGAGGACAAGGUGGUUGUCAGUGAGAUACUGGCUACACAUGGAGCCAACCUGGACCAGCAAACUAAGUUGGGUUACACUCCACUGAUUGUAGCGUGUCACUAUGGAAACGCCAAGAUGGUCAACUUCCUCUUACAGAACGGUGCUAGCGUCAACGCCAAAACCAAGAAUGGGUACACUCCCCUCCACCAAGCAGCACAGCAAGGAAACACACACAUCAUCAAUCUACUGCUGCAGAAUGGAGCUAAACCCAACAACAUCACUGUGAAUGGUAACACAGCUCUGGCCAUCGCCCGGCGACUGGGCUACAUCUCUGUGGUGGACACACUCAAGGUGGUCACCGAGGAGAUUAUUACCUCGACAACCACGGUGACAGAGAAACACAAGAUGAACGUUCCUGAGACCAUGACUGAAGUCCUGGAUGUCUCUGAUGAGGAGGGUGAUGACACUAUGACAGGGGACGGAGGGGAGUAUCUGAGGGCAGAGGAUCUGAGGGAGCUGGGGGAUGACUCCCUGCCUGGACAGUACCUGGAUGGGAUGAACUACCUGCGCUUUAGCCUGGAGGGGGGACGCUCUGACAGUUCGGACAGGUCCUACACUCCCAGUCACCACGGUUACUACUCUCCCAAACAGGACAGCCUGAUGGACGAGAUGUUAACCGGCCAAAACGUGUCGUCUCUUUCCAGGGAAAAUGAGAAGGACUCGUACCGUCUGAGCUGGGGCACAGAAAACCUGGACAAUGUGGCACUGUCUUCCAGCCCCGUCCACUCUGGACGUUCCUCUCCGUGCCAUGAUCAUGGCGACAGCAGCUUCCUGGUUAGCUUCAUGGUUGACGCCAGGGGCGGAGCCAUGCGGGGUUGCCGCCACAACGGCCUGCGCAUCAUCAUCCCACCGCGGAAGUGCAGUGCUCCCACGCGGGUGACCUGCCGGCUGGUAAAGAGGCACCGCCUGGCCACCAUGCCUCCCAUGGUGGAGGGAGAGGGCCUGGCCAGCAGGCUGAUCGAGGUGGGGCCUGUCGGAGCCCAGUUCCUCGGUAAACUACACCUUCCCACUGCCCCGCCCCCUCUUAACGAGGGCGAGAGCCUCGUUAGCCGCAUCCUGCAGCUCGGGCCACCCGGGACAAAAUUCCUCGGGCCUGUGCUGGUGGAGAUCCCUCACUUCGCUGCCCUGAGGGGGAAGGAGAGGGAGCUGGUGAUCUUACGCAGUGAGACAGGAGAGAGCUGGAAGGAGCACCACUGUGAACACACCGGGGAGGAACUUAACCAGAUCCUCAACGGCAUGGACGAGGAACUGGACCCUGCAGAGGAGCUGGAGAAGAAGCGUAUUUGCCGCAUCAUCACCAGGGACUUCCCCCAGUACUUUGCGGUGGUGUCCCGGGUCAAGCAGGACAGUAGCCUGAUCGGUCCAGAGGGGGGCGUCCUGAGCAGCACGGUGAUGCCUCAGGUCCAAGCUGUCUUCCCAGAGGGAGCCCUCACCAAGCGGAUCAGAGUGGGACUCCAGGCUCAGCCAAUGAAUGUGGACAUGGUGAGGAAGCUCCUGGGAAACAAGGCGACAUUCAGCCCCAUCGUGACCCUGGAGCCCCGGAGGAGGAAAUUCCAUAAACCCAUAACCAUGACCAUCCCCAUCCCCAAGAGUAACACUGACCCCGUGGUCAAUGGCUUCGGCGGGGACCAGCCCACCCUGCGCCUGCUCUGUAGUAUCACAGGUGGAACGACGCCAGCCCAAUGGGAGGACAUUACAGGAACCACUCCCCUAACGUUCAUCAACGACUGUGUCUCCUUCACGACCAACGUGUCGGCCAGGUUCUGGCUGAUAGACUGCCGGCAGGCGCAGGAGUCGGUCAGUUUCUCCACCUCAGUCUACAGGGAGACCAUCUGCGUUCCCUACAUGGCCAAGUUCGUUAUCUUCGCAAAGACCCAUGACCCCAUAGAGGCACGGCUCCGCUGCUUCUGCAUGACGGACGACAAGAUGGACAAAACCUUGGAACAGCAGGAGAACUUCACUGAGGUGGCCAGAAGCAGAGAUGUAGAGGUCCUAGAGGGCAAACCCAUUUAUGCAGACUGCUUCGGCAACCUGGUCCCUCUCACCAAGAGUGGCCAGCACCAUCUCUUCAGCUUCUUUGCUUUCAAAGAGAACAGGCUGGCACUCUUCAUCAAGAUCCGAGACAACACUCAGGAUCCGUGUGGGCGUCUGUCCUUUAUGAAAGAACCCCGGUCUUAUAGAAGUCUGGCCCACAAUGCUAUAUGCAACCUGAAUAUCACACUACCAUCCUACUCAAAGGAAUCUGAUUCAGACCAAGAGGCUGAGGAAGAGAUCAGCAGGACGCUCGAGAAAUAUGACGAAGACAUUACGUCGACGACAGUCCAGAGAAGAGAUCCCGACCUUCUCUCCGAUGUGUCUGAGCUGAAACAAGACCUGAUCAAAAUGACUGCUAUCCUAACCACGGAAUCCACUGACAAAUCCAGUUCUCUGGAAGGGAGCAGUCUGGAGAAAGGGGCUGAGGAGGUUCAGGGCGAGCCGUUUGAAAUCAUGGAGAAGGUCAAAGAGGAUUUGGAGAAAGUGGGCAAGAUACUCAGGAGUGGAACAUUGGAGGGUGAGGUAGCAGAGGGGGCAGCAAUAGCAGACGGAAUGUAUGAAGAGUGGAUCCUCCUCUCAGACUGUGAGAUAGAGGAGGCCAAAAAGAUGUCUUCCUUAGAACCCCAGGAACCUAUUCUACAUGAAGUCCGAGUAAACAGAGGGAUUCCCAGACCUAAAGCCAUCAAAGACGUGUCUGGCAUGAACACACACCUGACUGGUGAACUCAAAGAAUAUCUCCUGGAUGUACCUGAGGGCUCCAGUGCAGCAGCUCAGGAGGACGUGGUCCAGGAGAAAUUCACAGAGGUCGUCCUGCGCAAAGGCAUGAAAAGAACCACAACGACAAUAACAACAACAGCUACAAUCAAAACUCCUGCUGUUGAACUCAAAAAGCCAGUCAGGAGGAAAGGAAAAGACCAGGAACAGGCGGAGGAAUCUACCUAUGGGGAUGCUCUCCUAAGUGCACCCACAGACCGUAAACCAGUGUCACCUGUGUCCCCAGUAGUUGAGGAGACCCCCAUUGGGUCCAUAAAAGACAAAGUCAAAGCCCUUCAGCAGAAAGUGGAGGCAGAGCAGAAGGGUCAAAAGCCAACUAGCACCAAACCCUCAAAGGUUGCAGUGGAGAGCAAAAUCCCUCAAAGGACCGAAGAAACCACCCUUAAAUUGAAACAGAGCCCUGCAAAACAGGACACCGCUAAACAGGGCCACCCUAAGUCCCCCAAAACUGAGUCUGAGAAGCUGCAGGACACUAUGUCAGUAAGGGAGCUCAUGCGAUCCUUCCAAAAGGGGCAGGACCCCUCAAAGAGAAAGUCUGGACUUUUCGAGCUCAAAACCCACACCUCUACAGAGCAUGAAACAACAGAAUCAGAAUUACAGCCCAAACAGUCAAAAUCCACUAUCAAAGCCACCACAAUCCAUUACGAACGGGAAGUAUCACUGGACGCCAUUCCUGGCGAGCACCACAGAGCCAAAGAUGAGCAAAUUAGCCCACACAGAAAGCAUUCCAAAGACUUUGGUGCUGAAAUUAAAGCAGAGCUUGAGGACAAUCCAGAGUACCAACAGUUUAAGCAGACCUCUGUAGAGGGUAGUCCUGCUGCCCAGUCAGACCUAACUGAAACCGUAGAGUUCCUGAAUAUUUCCCUCUAUGAUAGCUCUGAUAGUUUGAAACAUGAGGGCGUGGCAGACUCCCCCAGUGCCAGCCUGGGUGAUGGUAGUCCUCCUCACCUUAGCUCAGAGGAUAGCCUGAAACACGAGGGCUUAGCCACCCCUGGAACAAGCCCUGACAGUCUCUCCCUCUCUCCAAAAAAUGCUGACCAGUCCACUAAAAACUCAACAGCUGCUACUAUAGCUGUCAAAGGUGACAAUAAAACCAAGGACAAGUCUGGAGACUCCGGUGUGGGGACCACUGAUGACCAGCCAUCAACGGAAAUGACCCUUCCUGUCUCUCCCAGUGAGGCUGCAGACGACCGCACCACGAGUGAGUCCAUAUAUUUUCAGACGGGCGAGUCUAAGCCAUCUAAAACGAGAAAGCUUACAAAGAGAGUUUCAGAGACUUUAGAGAGCUUCCUUAGGGAUGAGGAGAGCCCUGUUGACAAGCUAGCAUCAGCUGUAGCUAUGACCCUUGCUUCUAGUUACUCUACCCAGCAUCAAGGAAGCUUAGAAUUGAAUUUAAAAGACCCAGAUACCCUCAGUCCCGACGAAUCUUUGACCAUAAGCCACAGAGACUCUCUAGACGAGGAUAGUCCCCUCAUGGAAGACGACUCCUCCCAUAGGACCCCAGACUCCAUCGAGCCCAGCCCAACAAAGGAAUCCCCCUGUUGUGACUCCUUAGAAAGCAGCCCUGUAGAGCAGAAAAUGUUCCCUCCCGUUCUAGAUCAGCCCAGUGGGUCCUCUAGACACCCAGAACCCACCAAAGCCUCAGACUUCCCCCCAGACAUGUUGCGUAGUAGGCUACGCAGGGACCAGGAGGCUAGUGCCAAUGAUGAUGACAGUAUCGAGCAGACUUCGCCCCAGAUGGAAAGUUCUGGUAAGAGUCCCAUCUCCCCCGAAACCCCUAGUUCUGAAGAGGUAAGUUAUGAGGUAAACCCCAAAACCCCUGACCACAUGUACCUAUCUGUGGUGUCCAUACCAGCUUUCAUCCCCGAAUACUCAGAGGAAGAGGAUGAUGAGGCAGAAGCACAGAGGAAAUUCAUCCCAGAGGAUGAGAUGUUUAAAAUGUCAGCCCCCAAAAAAACAUUUGAGGAAGUGGACCAGGACACCAGAGCCAAAAAUAACUCUAGAAAAUAUACCAUUGCCUUGGCAGGUGAUGAAGCAGGGGAUGAUAGCUUCAAAACAGUUGAACUAGAGUCCGCAAAUGAGAGUGGGCUCAAUAGGGCCAAGGAGACCUCAGAGUUAGCUCUUUCUGUUGAAUCCCUUAUUAAAGUACAACCUCCCUCUCCUUUUCCAGCAGGUGUGCAUGAAGGAAUCCACCACACAGAAGCCAAGAGCACAGCUACAAUGGUAGCAGUGGAGGGACCUCAAUCUGUCUCAGAGCAGCAUGUCCCUCAAUCAGUUCAGUCACGCAAAGACAUGGAUGACACGGAAGACAGUUUAGCUAAAACAGUUACCAUGUCUUCUAGCUCUGAGGGGGCUGCAAACAUAACCGAUGAGCAGAAGGAGGAAAGUUUGAGGAAAUCAAGGGAAAGCCAGGAGGAUGAUGGGGGAGGGAAAGAAGCAGAUGGAGGCAGUCUGCAGACAGCUGCUGUAAAAGCUCCCUGUCAAAUAGAGAGUAAUAUAACUGACGAAGUGAAAGGAGAUCACAGGAGGCACUCAGGAGCUCCUGAGGUAGAAACGUCCUCCACUGCUGUCAUUGGACAAGUGAGGGAAACAUUCAAACCCGAGAUCUGUAUCUACGAUGACACAGAGGAAGACGAUGAGGAAGAGGAACCUCCCAGAACCGAGUCAAAGGGCGUAACCGCCAGAGCAGAGGCAGACCCUUGGAGUGCCAUGCGCGAAGACGAUGAUGCUUUUGCGGCCCGCGUCAAAGAGGAAGAGCAGAAGAUCUUGGGUCUGAUUGUAGACCGGCAGUCCCAGGGGGCAACCCCGGACACCACCCCAGGAAGGAGCCCCACGGAGGAAAGCACGCCAACCAGCGAGCCCAAUCCAUUCCUCUUCCAAGAGGGGAAGCUCUUUGAGAUGACUCGGAGCGGAGCUAUUGACAUGACCAAACGGAGCUAUGAGGACGAGGGCUUUGCCUUCUUCCAGAUAGGCGAGCAGCCCCUAGAGGAGGCGCUAGCUGAACAGGUCAAAGAUGAGCCAGGAGAUAGAGGAGUCCAAACAGAAAGUGAAAUUGGACUCAACCUGACUCUGCAAAUAAAAGUGGAGGAAGACGAGGAACAGGCGAAAGAUGCUUCAGAUCCCACACACCGUGCCUCGACAGAGGACGAUCAGAAAGGUAGUGAAGCUGCAGCAGCCUCCCCCUCAAAAUCAGAUGCUUCUAAAUCUAGAAUCCCUAGAAUGGGUCUUUCUGCCUCAGCUAAGACCACUAAGAAAGACAAAGACCCAGUAUCACCAGUGUCUCCUGAAACUGUAGAAGUGAAACCAGACAUAAUUGUAGAGGAGACCCCCCUAGAGGUAGAAACUAGUUCCCUCGAUCCAAUGAUAACAGAUGUUGAGACAGCAGUAACCACUGUCACUCGAUCAGUGUACCCAGAACAGGACCAAGAGUCCUCUGACUCCUCUCCAGAGGAGCAGCAUUCGGUCAUAGAACUCCCCCAAACCACAGAAAAGACCAAAACACCAACUUCUACUGAAAAAGUUCCAAAGAUCCCAACUAAAACCCCAGCCAAGGCUGGCCCCCAAAGUCAGAUUAGAACUGCUUCCUCCUUUACAUCCCCUGCAUCCCCCUCUUCAGCUAGUCCUAAAAAAGAGACUCCCGCUUUAGAGUCCAAAUCGAGAAUACCUGUCAAGGGCAAGGCUAUUCCUGUCAAGCCUGAGCCAUCAGUUAAACGUACUGAGUCAUCCCAGGACGCAAAGCUCAACGUCCCAGUAAAAAAGGACUUGAGGAGAAAGUCUGAGACAGAUACAGGUCCCUCUGCUGUACCCAAAACCAAGACGUCGUCUUCCAAAGCCAAGAGCUUCUGUGAGGCAGACAAGUCAUCAUCUAAAAAGGACAUGGGUCGUCCCAUGAGCGAUGACUACUCCACCAAGCCAAAGUCUGGCUUUGGUUUCCAAUCUAGGCUGCCAGUUAGAGGCAAGCUUGGUCAGACAUCUCACACUUCCACCCCCGCCAAAGACAAAAGCGAGCCGCGCAAGAAGUCUAUAGAGUUUGUCGAUACAAUUAGUGACGAAGUUACAAAGCUAGUUGAGAGAUUUCCUCAGGACGAGAAAAACAAAGAGCAGGAGGCUGCUGUCUCGAAUGAUGAGAGCAGCGGAAUAGACCCUUCUGUCAUAGAGAGUGAGACUUUUCCCGAAAUACAGUUCCCUGCUUCCGGAGAUGUCUAUCCCAUUAGACCCCUGUGGGAUGACCCUGUUGACACGCAGAUGCAACGGAUUCCCGACGAUACAAUCAGAAGUCAAGUAGAUUCCCAGGAUGAAGCCGAGAGGAAAGAGGAACGGUUGGAAAUAAUAGCCGACCACCUGGGCUUCAGUUGGACGGAGCUGGCUCGAGAACUGGAGUUCAGUGAGGAGAAAGUCAAUCUAAUAAGGCUUGAGAACCCCAAUUCACUACAGGACCAAAGCCACGCCCUGCUGAAGCUCUGGACUGACAGGGAGGGUAAAAAUGUCACAGAAAUAUCACUGAUCAAAAGACUAACCAAAAUCAACAGAAUGGACAUUGUCCACCUCAUCGAAACCAAGAUGGUCAAGUCCACCCAGGAGGACACAUCACACACCUAUGCAGAGAUUGAGAGGACCAUUGCACUGGAUCACAGUGAAGGUUUCUCUGCCCUCCAAGAGGACAUAGACAGUCCCCGGCCAGGCAGGCGUACAGACAGCACCCCCAGUGGGCCAGGGUCCAGGCAGGGGCUCCUCGUGGUGUCAGAGGAGGACCUCUCCUCCAGCAUUUUGUCACAUCACGAGACUUCAGGGCAGGUGGAGACAGACGAAUCAGUAACAGGCCUCCUGAGACACGUCCAGAAGGAGAAGCUGCAGAAAGAGAUGGAUUCGACACAUUCUGUGGGCGGUACAUCAGAUACUGGACCGGAGAAGGCUGAGUCACUACAUACGGGCACUUUCAAACAAGCUCCGUCUCAAACUGCCAAGGAAAUACUGUUGCAGACCGGUUAUGGAAAGAUGCCAAGUGAAUUAAAGUCUACCAUGAUAAUGGAAAGUACUUUACAUGAGCAAAAGGCAGUUCCAGCCUUCAGUCAAGAAACCAGUGUAUCAGUACUGGCAUCUACUAAACAGAUGAAGACAGCCACAGGCUAUGAACCUCUUAUAUCAACUCCAUUGCAGAUCAGUGAACAAGACCCCUUCACUACCCAUAGAGCAGUCACACCGAAACUAAAGAAACCUGACUCUGCCCGUCAGGAAUCCUCUGACUCGAGUGAAUUUACAUGCAUGGAAUUUGAGCAGAAUCAAUCGGGUGAGUUAUUUUCGCCGAUGUCAAGCCAAUUCCUGGUGCCUCCAGACUAUGAAGCUGCGUUUUCCGGACACCAGUCUCUGAGAGUCUCUGAGUGUAGCCAGGUGUCUCCCACUGAUAUGAGUCCAGUUUCGCCCGUCUUCAGUGACUCUCUGUCAGAUAAGAGUCAGGUCACGACGACCACCCUGAUAGGUCUUGAGUCCGCUUCCAAGUCUGUUACACCUGGAUCCGCAGAAGCCUUUGAAUUCUCCCCAGACUUUAAGCGAGUGCUCGGUGAAUUUGAGAAAUCACUCUCUGCAUUUGGACCAGAUAUCCAAUCAGAUUCCGCCCAAGAAGACUCAGACCUGGAGUUCUUUGACUGCAAAGAAGACUUGUCAGACUUCUUAGAGCCAGAGGAUCUGGAGCCAGAGGAACCUGAAGACCUCUACCACAUUGAAGAGCCUCCUUCCCCAACCCCCUUCGGCAGCACACCGGAGACAGGCUUCCUCAAAGGGAGCCCUAUAUACAGCGCACAGUUCCUACGGGUGGAUGACCAAAAGCGCUUCUCAUCGGGUAGUGAAAGUCUUGGGGAUUAUGGCAUUUAUGACAGACCAGAAAGUGAAAGUGAAACUCUACCCACAUGUGAAGAGCUUCCCUCCAGGUCGCGGGCAGUGUAUGACGACGAUGAGUACUCUCUGGAACGGGAGAUAAAUGAGGAGCUAGGGUUGCUGUCAUCGGAUAACUCAGAGGAAGAGGUGUUAACCUCCAGGGUGGUCCGACGCAGAGUUAUCAUCCAGGCGGAUGACCUGCCAGACAUCCCUCCCCAGACAGUUACAGAAGAACAGUACAUGGAUGAGCAAGGAAACAUGGUAGUCAAGAAGAUCACACGGAAGGUGAUCCGUAAGUACUUCUCUCCAGACGGUGUGGAGAGAGAGGAGGUGACGGUGCAGGGAUCUCAGCAGGAGAUGGUCAGCGUGGAGGAGGGAGACGGCUUCUCCAAGGUGAUGAAGAGGACAGUGGUCCGGAGUGAGGGAGAUCAGACUGAGUUGACCUUCUCGGAGCCCCUUGCCCUGGGGGCCAACACGGCCUCGGAGAUUGAGUCAGAGCAGGCGCAGGGUCGAAAGGUCAGCAAGGUGGUCAAGACGACGGUGGUGAGGGGCGAGAGGAUGGAGAAGCAGACAGGUGACCCCUCGCUGGCCGCAGACCUCCCCUCGGCCAAACAGGACUUUGAGAAGGCAUUGAGUUAUGCUGGAGGCUUUGGGAAAGUUCAACUUCCCCAUUUAGUAGAAAAAGAGGUUGUGAAGGAGGAUGGUUCUGUGGUCAAAAGAACCCAGAUGCGUAAGUCUCGUACCCAGAAGAGGACUGUGGCGAUGGAUGCCCAGGGUAAGCAUGUGCACCUGGAGCGGCUGGACGACACCCCAGAGACCCUGCAACCCGAUGCCCUUCAGCAACACCUGCACUUGCUGCUCCAACGCUAUUGCGCCAAGGAGGAGGAGGGAGGAGAGAAGGAGAAAGUGGAGGAGAGGAGAAAGAAGAAGUGAUGGGCUUUUUUGAUUUGCUGGCUGAGUUGUGUGUCUUCCCUUUUGGCCUCGCCCCCAAUGCUACAUAAACCUCCUAUCCACAAAAAACCCAUGAAGUCUUGUAAGCUAUUAUCUACCACAACUCUGACCCCUCGAUGACCCCUAAUGACCCUUAACCUUUACCAGCCAGACUUCCCCUGCUAAAGACACUGGAUUACGUUUUGGUUUCAAUUUUUGUUUUUACCUUUUAGUGGCAAAUAAUAACAGUUUAUUAUUUUAUUUUUUUGCUUUUGACUUGUUUCCAGUUUUUUUUGUUGCUCAUUUUGUGACCAAAGAUGGCACCCCCUUUCUCGUCGGGUGACUUAGAAUAUUUUUUUGUUGUCGUUAUCCUUUUGUUUGGUUCUUGUAGUUUUUGGCUGCUGUGGUACAAUAGAAAAGAACAACACAAAAAAAUGCAACGAAUGAAAACAGCUACAGGAAAUGUAUGAAGAGGGUGCACCUGGCACGUUUGCCUCAUGCAGAGGCCUCUUUCUGAAGGAACGAUUGUAAACAUUUGUAAAUAGAGAAGACUGGUAGAAAACAAAACAAACAGCAAUUCAAAAGCAUUUGUUACAUUUGUCCCACGGUACCUGCUGUACACGUAUGUGUACCAAUCUGUUCUGUGGUCAAGGGUGAAGGGUCUUGACCCUUUUCAUCCGACUAUCAAGAGAUUGUUACAUAGGAGUCCGUUGUCAUAAACAGUUUUGGAGAGAUACUGCUUUAAAGGAGUGAAUGCCAUAGUCUUUCAUCAAGGACUUUUGAAUCAGAUGAGCGCAAAUACGCUGUGAUCUGAACCCCCAUUUUACUGAAGCAAAUCAUCCCCAUAUAACCCUCCACUACAGUUCAGUUCACUACUUUAAAAAGUUGGCUCAAGAUGGUUACGUGUGUAAUGAUGUGGUGUCGUUUGUUUUACAUGAGCUUUGUGAACACACAUUCAGCCCCAGGUACUGCCCCAGGUACUGCCCCAGGUACUGCCCCAGGUACAGCCCCAGGUACAGCCCCAGGUACGGCCCCAGGUACUGCCCCAGGUACAGCCCCAGGUACAGCCCCAGGUACUGCCCCAGGUACUGCCCCAGGUACAGCCCCAGGUACUGCCCCAGGUACGGCCCCAGGUACUGUCCCCAUCUCCCUGUUUUUCUCUGUCUGUUUCUGUCUUAUGGGUGUUGUGUAGUCAAACUUCCUUCUGAGCAGUGCAUCAGACUGCUGCCACCUAUGUGUGUGUGUGUGUGUGUGUGUGUGCGUGUGCGCGCACGUAUGUACGUGAGUGUGUUUGUGUGUUAGUUCAUAGAAUCCUCACUGAUAUUGCGAUCUGCCAUUUUCAAAAUAAAUUAUCCAGAAUGUU